GUUUAGGCUAUCUUCACGAAGAAACUGAAGUCAAGACACUACCAGAAUGGCGAUCGAAUUUUUGAACCCUUCUGCUGUUCAGCCAGCACUCUUCAAGGCCGCUCUGGCAUUUGGAGUUGUUGCUUUAUUGGUUGUUAGCCACCGUAUAAUUUACUGUCUUUUCUGGCAUCCACUGCGUCAUUUCCCAGGCCCGUGGUAUGCGGCAUGCUCGUCUCUGCCGUUGGGUCUGGCCUCGAUUGCGUCGGUGGAGCCCGACUGGCUCAUGUCACUUGUGCGUAAAUACGGCAAGGACGGCAGGCCAAUUCGCAUCACACCCAGCCUCCUCUUCUUUCACAAGGCCUCGGCGCUUCCUGAGAUCUACUGGAACGCCAAGUGUAACACCAAAUCGUCAACGUACGGCCACGAGGCUCUCGGCCCCAAGUCGAUCUUCCAAGUCAUCGACAGCCAGGAGCACAAGGAGUUGCGCAAGGCACUAGGCGGCGCGCCCUGGGGCGUCGGCCUGAUCAAGAAAAACUGGGAGGCGCGAGUAGAUAAUCUCAUCCGGAUGUUCCUCGCCAACCAGAAACAGCGCAUCGACACUGGCGAGCCAAUCAUCCUGAGCGACAAGGUCGCCGAGUUCGCCGCCGACGUGCUCACCACCAUCGUGUUCACUGAGCCCUGGGGCUUCCUCGCCAACGACCGGGACGAGCGCGGCCUCAUCCGCGCCUGGAGGGACGGGCUCGCGCUCUUCGGCCUCUCGCAGCGCUGGCGCUUCCUCCGGGAGGUGAUAUUCCCCUCGCCCCUGGGGCCCCACGUGCUCCCCCGCGAGUCGGACGAGACAGGCAACGGCUGGCUCGUCUCGCAGGCCAACCGCGAGAUCGCCGAGCGGGAGCGCCGGAUGGAGAUGGGGCAGUCCAGGCCUGAUCCGCCGGAUAUGCUGCAGCUGACGCUCGAGGCCACGGUCGGCGGCAGCGGUGAGGACUAUGGCUCGGCGCAGCCUCUGACGGCCAUACAAAAGACGGCGCACAUGACGCUCCUGAUCCAGGCGGGCGUCGACACCACAGGCAGCGGGCUGGGCGCGACUCUCCGGCUGCUCCUCAUGCACCCUGAUGUCAUGGCGAAGGUGGAGGCGGAGAUUGCCGCGGCGGAUGCGGAGGGUUUAUUGAGCCCGGUCGUGCAGUACGAUGAGACACGGACGCAUCUGCCGUACAUGAGUGCGUGCAUCCGGGAGUCUUUGCGCGUGAACCCUCCGAUCCCCAACAUUUUCCCGCGCCUUUCGCCUCAGGGAGGGAUCGUCAUCGACGGCACCUUCGUCCCGGAGGGCACCGAGAUGACGAGCCAAGCAUAUGUCGUGCAGAGGGACGCCGACGUGUUCGGUGCGAACGAAGACGAGUUCCGCCCCGAGCGUUGGCUGGGUUCCGAGGAGCAGGUCGCUAGAAUGGACGCCGCCAUGUAUGUUUUCGGCAUGGGGGCGAGGGUCUGCAUGGGCAAGGAGAUCGCUCUGAUGGAGAUACACAAGCUUGUACCUGAGAUCAUACGUCGCUUCGAGAUAGAGAUGCUAGAUGCGGGAAAGUGGGUGGUGACUGGAGGGAUUGCAUCACACAAGCCCGGUCUGAAAGUGCUGCUCAAGGCUCGGAAAUAGCAACGCCCAUGAACAGAAGCAUACUUGGCUUGAUCCCGUGGGGAGGGGGCUGGGACUCGGUGAAGAGGAAUCCGUCUGGAGAGUAUAUUUGAUGCUUAGUGUGUUGAGUGGUUUCAUUCUUAAUCCGCAUACAUCCCGAAGGCGUACAGUCCCCUCGCAGAAUGCUAAAC